UUUUUAUUGCACACCGUCGUUCCGUUCUUUCAUGCUGUCAAAUGUAAAAAGCAUUCUGGACACUGCAAACUGUUUCAAUGUGUUCAGUGGUGAAUUCUCGACACAUUUAAUAGUAGUCAGAAAGUGGAUUCUUACCAACAACUACGACCGCGAUUCCUGGUGAAUAUACCGUGUUUCACCAGUAAGAGCAAGUAUUCAUCAUAAAUGCAAUUUUCUAAAAUUGCAAAACCAUCUUUUAUCGCUUCAAGGAGGUUUUGUGAGAUAAGAUUACAUAUCAAGAAAGCACCUCAGACGAUCCUCUCUUCUACCAAACCCUCAAUCCGACCCUGUAAAUCGCAGAGUCUUUGUUUUUUCCGACAAUAUAAUACAUCUAUGAUCCCUUCAGAUUUCUCUAGUAAUUAUUUUCCGUUUGACGGUGUCGUUCCUAAACAUGAAACUCAAGCUUAUGAGUUCUUGAAGAAGUAUCCGGAAUAUGAUGGCCGCGGCGUCACUGUAGGUAUUUUAGAUACAGGUGUGGAUCCUGGCGCACCUGGACUUUCGGUGACGAGUACUGGACAAGCUAAAUUUAAAAAUGUUGUGGACUGUACAGGAGCUGGAGAUGUUGAUACAUCACUUGAGGUGGAAUCCCUCGAUAAUGCUACGUCUAAUGAGUAUAUUACUGUUCAAGGCCGUUCUGGGCGGACGUUGAAACUUUCAAAAGAGUGGAAGAACCCCACCAAAAAAUGGAGGGUUGGAUGUAAACUUGGUUAUGAUUUUUUCCCCAGCGAUUUACGAGAACGUCUUCAAGGACUAGAGACAGAAGAUAUGAAUAAGAAUAAUCGAAAGCUAUUACAAGAUGCUACUGAAGAAUAUGCAAAGUUUAAGGCUGAAAACCCUGAGACUCCUACCGACAAGGACAAACUUUUGAAGUUGAAAGAGUUGGAAGCUCGCAUCGAAUGCCUAAAGCAAUUUAGUGAUGAUUUUAAAAAAAACGGUCCUCUUUUUGAUAUCAUUACCUUUCAUGAUGGUGAACACUGGCAAGUAGUCGUGGACACAAGUCAGUCUGGUGAUUUAGUUCAACAAAAGCCUCUUCGUCCAUUCUCGGUUGCUCAGGAAUGGGGCACUUUUGGAUCUAAAGAUUUACUUAGUUAUGGUGUUCAUGUUUACGACAAUGGUAAUGUUACUUCGAUAGUUGCUGUUAGUGGAACUCAUGGAACUCAUGUUGCUGGUAUCAUUGGUGCCCAUCACCCUGAAAAACCUGACUUGAAUGGUGCCGCUCCUGGAUGUCGACUUGUCUCGCUGAUGAUUGGUGAUGGUAGAUUAGAUUCUUUAGAAACAAGUCAUGCUUUUUCUCGUGCAUGCACAGAAAUCAUAAAAAACGAAGUCGAUAUCAUUAACAUAAGUUUUGGAGAAGAUGCUGGUGUUUGUGAUAAAGGACGAGUUAUAGAGCUUCUUCGUGAUGAGCUCUCUGGUAAAAGAAAUGUCGUAAUCGUCUCUUCUGCUGGUAAUAAUGGACCUGCUUAUACCACUGUUGGUGCUCCUGGUGGAACUACCACUGAUGUUAUUUCAGUAGGUGCAUAUGUCACUGGAAGCAUGAUGCAAGCCCAAUACAGUCUUCUUUCGAAUGUGCGUGAUACUCCUUAUACUUGGUGUUCCCGUGGUCCUACACUAGACGGUGAUACUGGCGUUUCUAUCUAUGCUCCUGGUGGUGCCAUUACAUCUGUUCCCCCUUAUUCCUUACAAAAUAGUCAGUUAAUGAAUGGAACCAGUAUGUCUUCCCCUUCAGCAUGCGGUGGUAUUUCAUUGAUCUUGUCUGCCCUGAAGGCUCAAAAUAUUUCAUACACAGCUUCGGCUGUUAAGAAAGCAGUCAUAUAUACAUCGAAGGAUGUCCGAGAUGAUUUUGACGUUGGAAUGUUGCAAGUCGACGCUGCCUAUAAUUAUUUGACCGAGUCUGAUGCAGAAGCUGCUUCCUCUCGCUCUUUUACAAUUAAAGGAAACAUUGGAAAUAACAAACGUGGUGUUUAUCUCCGUGAAGUGACUGAUCUUGCUAGUCCUUCCCGUCACACAUUUUCCGUCGCACCCAAAUUCGAAGAAGGAGAAGAAGCGGCUAAAUCUCAAUUUGAAGUACAGAUCUCUCUUGCUGCAACUCAACCAUGGAUCCAAGCUCCAGAGUACGUGAUGAUGGCAGGAACCGGAAGAGCUAUUCCUGUACGUGUUGAUCCAACCGCUUUGGUACCUGGCUUCCAUUUUGGUAAAGUUAAAGCCUUUGAAGCCACCAAAGAUUCUCGUCGCUGUUUAUUUGAGAUCCCUGUAACUGUCAUGAAACCAUCCGCAGUAGUAAAUGCAAACUUUCCACUACGUAAUGUCUCUUUUGAGCCAACAUUGAUUCGUCGUUAUUUCCUUGUACCUCCUAAGGGAGCUACAUAUGCUGAAAUUCGGGUUAAGGCUAUUUCUCCUUUAGAGUCGUCCAAUAUGCUUUGGAUUAGUACCAAUCAGGCUCUUCCUCAAACAAAACUCAAGGAUGCAUCUACAGAACUUAUCAUGUCUGUAUCGGACAAUGAAGUGACUACCAAGUUAGUACCUCUCCAUGAUACGCAUACCCUUGAGCUUUGCAUGGCACAAUGGUGGUCUUCUUUGGAGCAUAUGACUUUGGAUAUCGAUAUUAAUUUCCAUGGUAUUAAAGUUCUGAAUGGAAGUGAAAUUACACUUCAUGGGAAUAAAGGACUUGAACGUCUUGAUUGCAUCAGUGUUCGUCGAGAGAAGUUAAAACCCGAAAUCUCCUUUGAUAAAUUCACUGAAUCUUACAAGUCAACUGAAUCCGUCAUCCAACCUCUUGGUGAGCGAGACGUACUUCCAGAUAACCAACAGUUGUUUGAAUUGGUUAACUCUUAUUCGUUAACAGUAGAGGAGAAAAGCGAUUUGACAGCAGACUUUUCCGUCCCACAUAACAUGUAUGACAAUGGCUUCAAUGGAUUUUUUGUCAUGAUCUUUGAUUCGCAAAAGCAAAGAGUGCACUAUGGUGAUAUGUAUACAUCGUCCCAUUCUCUCGAAAAAGGCGAAUACGUUUAUAAGGUGCAGUUAUUAAGCGUGGACCCAAUCAAGCUUGAAAGAUUUAAAAAUAUGACGCUGAAAUUAAGCAAAAAAUUGAAAAAGUCGAUUACUCUCCCAAUUUAUUCUGACCAUAUCGACUUUUGUGAUAAUCGGAAGGAAAGCUUUGACCGAUCAGUUAUUGAAGCUAACAUCAUAAAGAGCUUUAUUGUUGGUACAGAUUUUGAAGAGUAUCCGUCUGAAAUUAGUGAUAAAUCGGUACUUACUGGUACUUUGAAGUUCAAUGACUGUGAUAAAGCAUCAGUACCUGUUUACUUGAUUCCUUCUGUAAAGCCCGUCGAGAAACCUUCCACUUCCAAGGAAUCACCUAAUCUGGUUCAAUUGCAAGUUGAUCUUUUAUCCAAGUUAGAAGGUGCCGAUAAGGACAAGCAUUUGAAAUACCUGCAGUCGACUUAUAAAAACAGUUUGGAAGUUCAGCUUGCAAAAUUGGAUGCUGCGAAAGAAGACAAUGAACGUCUUUCUGCAGCUGAUUCCAUUUUGUCUCUUAUUGAUCAAGAAGGUCUUUCCCGUUAUUACAGCAGUCAGAAGAAAGUCGAGGAUACUAUUCCGAAAGACACUGCAUUGGAAAAGAAUACCUCCAUGCAAAAGGAUGCUUUCAUCAAAGCUCUUGAGGUUAAGUGCUCUUUAUAUGCUAAGCAACCCGGUAAAGACACAGAUUCUUACUCCAAGUCUUAUCAAUUAUUGUUAAAUUGGUUAGAAGAUUCUGAUUCUCGUGUUUCUGUAAUUAAGAAGGACUAUUAUAAGAGCUUAUCUCAGUAUGGUUUAGCUUUGAAGGCUUUAAUGAAACUAAUUAAUGAGAACGGCAAUUCGGGCAAGUCGGACAUUACCAAGCUCCUUGACGAAGAGAAAGACCUGUUGCAAAAAUUGGGUUGGACAUACUGGUACGAUGUAUCUUAUGUUGAUUCUGUUAAAAGAAUUCCUCCCUACGGUUAUGAAUUAUUUUAAGCACAUAGGACGACAAACUCUGAAUUUCAAAAAUCAAUAUUAGCUUAAUUUUUUAAUCUCAGGCUAUGUAACAAGAAAUGUUUUAAACAGCAUUAA